UAUUUUUAUUUUAAAUAUGAACCUGUCAUGCACUUGCGCUUAGGUUUUGCGGGCACCAUAGUUGUUUCUUCACCCCAAGCUGCUGAACUGUUCCUCAAGACCCAUGACCUUGUCUUUGCUAGUAGGCCACCUCUUGAGGCUGAAAAACACAUCUCUUGGGGGCAGAGGGGAACUUAGGCUUUGCUGAAUAUGGUUCUUAUUGGAGCAACAUGCGGAAGAUCGAUCCAAAAUUAGUUUGCAUGUUUAUUGUAAGUGGCCAGACUCAGGGCUUUUUAGUAAUCGAUUUGGGCUGAGGCCGUAUGCGUAAAUUCAAUCUGUGCUAUCUCUCUCACUGUUGGUUCCCAUGUCUAGUCUAUCUUCUUGCUCUUCUUCUCCUUCAUUUGCAGCAAGUUACGGCACUAUUACCCAUCCACGCGCGGCCCCACUGAGUCGAAUUUCAUGCGGUGGUCCGAGACCCCCCAAGAGCAAGAAAAGCAACCUCAAUUCAGAAGCGCAAGAGCUUGUUCGCUUACUCACGAGCAAGAUAAGAAGCAACGACAAAGAGGUUCUGCUGAAGACCUUGAACAAGUAUGUGAAGCAGGUCCGAACCCAACAUUGCUUCUUGCUCUUCGAAGAACUCGGCAAGCACGACAGCUGGCUCCAAUGCCUUGAGGUUUUCAGAUGGAUGCAAAAACAACGAUGGUAUAUUGCUGAUAAUGGGAUUUACUCAAAACUGAUAUCCGUUAUGGGAAAGAAAGGGCAAACCAGAAUGGCUAUGUGGCUUUUCUCGGAGAUGCGUAAUACUGGUUGUCGUCCUGAUACUUCUGUCUACAAUGCGCUAAUUACAGCUCACCUUCGUUCACGGGACAAAAUAAAGGCUUUGGCUAAAGCCAUUGGCUACUUUCAAAAGAUGAAAGGAAUGGAGCGCUGUAAGCCCAACAUUGUUACUUACAACAUUCUUUUGAGAGCUUUUGCUCAAGCUCGGAACGUGGAGCAGGUCAAUUCUUUGUUUAAGGAUCUUGAUGAGAGCAUUGUUUCGCCCGAUAUUUACACUUUUAAUGGUGUGAUGGAUGCAUAUGGUAAAAAUGGGAUGAUCCGUGAAAUGGAAGCAGUGCUUGCUCGGAUGAAAAGCAACCAGUGUAAGCCUGACCUGAUUACCUUUAACUUGCUGAUUGAUUCCUAUGGGAAGAAGCAGGCGUUUGGUAAGAUGGAACAGGUGUUCAAGAGUUUGUUGCACUCCAAGGAGAGACCAUCACUGCCCACGUUUAAUUCAAUGAUUUUAAACUAUGGGAAGGCACGGCUUAAGGAUAAAGCAGAAGAUGUUUUCAAGAAGAUGACUGACAUGGGUUACACGCUGAGCUUUGUUACACACGAGAGUAUGAUCUAUAUGUAUGGCUUCUGUGAUUGUGUCUCCAGGGCUGCACAAUUGUUUGAUGAGCUGGUUGAGUCUAAAGUUCAUAUAAAAGUUUCAACCCUAAAUGCCAUGCUUGAUGUUUACUGCUUAAAUGGUUUACCGCAGGAAGCAGAUUCACUGUUUGAAAGAGCAAUUAGUAUAAAAAUACAUCCUGAUUCAUCAACAUUUAAACUUCUUUAUAAGGCUUACGCUAAAGCCAACCAGAAGGAGCUUCUUGAUAAAUUGCUGAAGCAUAUGGAUAAAGAUGGUAUUAUCCCAAAUAAGAGGUUCUUCUUGGAUGCUUUGGGUGCUGUUGCGUCUUUACCAGCAAAUUCAGAAUCUGCUAAUGCUGCAACUGAUUCAAACACAGCAAAUUCAGAAUCUGCUAAUGCUGCAACUGAUUCAAACGCAUCAAAUUCAGAAUCUGCUAAUGCUGCAACUGAUUCAAACGCAUCAAAUUCAGAAUCUGCUUAUGCCGCUACUGACUCAAACAACCCCCAAGAUUUUGCAAAGUUGGCAACUGGUGUGAAGAAUAUUUUGGCUCAUCGAUGACUUGCAUACAAACAGCUCAGUUCUCGUGAGAUGGUAUGGAUGUAUUUCCAUUUUCCAGCUCAUUGCCCCUUGUCUUGGCACUAUGGUCUAUGAAAUGAAGAACGCUUCAGACCUGACAGCUGCCAAAGCUAAUUAGUUGAUGACAACCAAUCCAAAAAGAGCAGACUUGCUGCUGGAAAGCAAUGUGUAAAUCUGUAACUAACAAAAUUGAGUUAUUAUCAAUGAUGUUAUUGAUAAUUCAUGUACAAUUAUCCUUCUGAUGUAAUUUGAAAUCAUUACUAAAAAGAUUGACUUGUCAUGUUUUCUGCACAGUACUGAAAAUAACCGAGUAAUGAAAGAAUUUGUUGAAAA